GUGUGUAAAUAAGCAACUCACCAGAAUAGCGGAAUAAUGUUGCAUGAUUUUGACAUAUAUAGAUUUCACCAAUAUCCUUCCGCCGUGCACCUACUAUCAUCCUUUUUCCGCUAAACCCCAAUCGUGGUAGACACGAGGGUGAAAUCAACCAACAUGGCUGCUUCAAGACCGCUUAUAUCGGUGUACACAGAGAAGGGAGAAGCCUCUGGAACCAAUGUCACUCUCCCAGCAGUCUUCCGUGCUCCCGUCAGGCCGGAUAUUGUCAACUUUGUGCACUUCCAGAUGCUCAUGAACACAAGACACCCAUAUGCAGUUUCAGAGAAAGCUGGCCACCAGACCUCUGCUGAGUCAUGGGGUACUGGCCGUGCCGUCGCUCGUAUUCCUCGUGUUCGAGGUGGCGGUACCCACAGGUCUGGCCAGGGUGCAUUUGGCAACAUGUGCAGAGGAGGCCGCAUGUUUGCUCCUACCAAAACCUGGAGACGCUGGCACCGCAGGAUCAACAUCAACCAGCGCCGCUAUGCCAUGUGUUCCGCCAUUGCUGCUACAGCCAUCCCAGCAAUUGUCAUGUCCAAGGGUCACCGCAUCGAGGAAAUCCCCGAGGUACCACUGGUCGUGAGUGACAAAGUGGAGGAGAUCAAGAAGACGAAGGAGGCAGUCGGACUUCUCAAGAGGGUCAAAGCCUGGACAGACAUUCAGAAAGUAUACAGUUCCAAGCGGUUCCGUGCUGGCAAGGGAAAAAUGAGGAACAGGCGACGUGUCCAGCGCAGGGGUCCUCUCGUCAUAUACAACCAAGACAAUGGUAUCUCCAGAGCUUUCAGAAACAUCCCAGGUGUCACUCUCAUCAACGUUGCCAGGUUGAAUCUUCUGAAAAUAGCACCUGGUGGUCACGUGGGAAGAUUCUGUGUGUGGACUGAAUCAGCCUUGAAAAAGUUGGACAGUCUUUAUGGAACAUGGCGCAAACCUUCAUCUAUCAAAAACAACUACAACCUGCCCAUGCCAGUGAUGAACAACACAGACCUGUCCCGACUCCUGAGAAGCAGCGAGAUCCAGUCUGUUGUCAGGGCUCCCAAGCAUGAUACAGACAGGAGAGUUUUGAAGAAGAAUCCAUUGAAGAACUACCGUGUGAUGGUUCGACUUAACCCCUACGCUGCAGUCCAGAAGAAGGCAUCUGCAAACACUGAAGCUGUUCGUAGGCGCAAGAAACAAGAAAUUCUCAACAAAAAACGUGGGAUAAAAGCCCCAAUUGAGAAGUUGCCCAAGGGCAGGGCCGCUGCUGCCAAGACCAAGCGUCUUUCCAAGAAAGGACGCAAGGGUGGCAAGAAAAAAUAAGCUCAACCGUAAAUGCUGAGGGCAGCCACAAUGUUAUGGCCCUGUCAGCAGUGUUGAGAAUAAAAAAAAUUAUUCUUAAA